AUGCCGCUGCAUCCUCAACAUCUCCAACACCCCCCCACCCCUCCCCUGCAUCCCCAGUGGCCCACCCCCCGGCACUGCAUCCUCCCCAUCUUCAUCCAUCCCCACGUUAUCCACCCCCCCGCAACCCCCACCCCCCCUCCUCAUUCCCACCUCCCCCUCUCGCCCUCCCCCCCCCCCAUCCUCCUCCCAGCCGCUGCAUCCCCCCGCUCCCCCCCCCCGCAUCCCUCCAGCCCCCCCGCUCCCAAUCCCGGGCCCCACCCCUGUCCCCCCCCCCUCCUCCCGCAGCCCAAUCACGGCGGGUCGGAUGAAUUCAAACCCCGGCCCCGCAAGCGCCGGCGGCGGUUCCGCUCCGGGAAGCGGCCGGGAACGGGGCCGGUCCGGUCCGGUCCGGAUGGGCUCGGGGAGCCGCGGGGCGGGCGCGGAGCGCAGCCCAAGAAAGCUGGACCCUGGAGAUCUUCCCUCACUGACGUGGCUGUUCGGACACAGCCUUCUCCUCCUCCUGCUGCAAUAGCAAUGCUAGUGUCCCCAUGCAGCUGCAGUGAGGAGCUCUUGGCUUGGUCAGGAGUGAAUCCCCAGCUUGGCGUAGCAGCGCCAGUGGCUAUGGAGUGACCUGUGCUCCGGGUGCGUGGCUGAAGCGGCUGCCUGGGCACCGAAUGCGCCCGGCCCACGUGCUCCUCGCCUCUGCCAUGAAUGAUGCAUCGACGAUGGAUUAUGAACUGCUGUCCCCCUCCUUGGUUGAGCACCCAGCCGGCUCUGCGGGUAUGGAUGCUGAGCAGAAAACCGUCUUUGCCUUUGUCAUCUUCCUUCUGGUCUUCUUGGUGAUGCUGAUGGUGCGCUGCUUCCGCAUCCUGCUGGACCCCUACAGCCGCAUGCCCGCCUCCUCCUGGACUGACCACAAGGAGGGGUUGGAGAGGGGCCAGUUUGACUACGCCUUGGUGUAGAGGGCAGGGAUGGGGCGAGCCUGGGUGCUCUGUGUGCCUCCCACCCCGGCUGGCCCCGGCCCCGGCCCCCCCUUCCUCUGUGGUGUUGCCCUGGGCCAGCAAGGAUGCUCUGGGCAGGGAGGGGAGGUCAGGCUCUCGCCCGGGGUGGGUUUUCUAGGGGUUUCUCUCUUUUCUAAGCACUUUUCAGUUCUCUUUGCAGUCUGCAGGACUCUUGGAGAGAUAUGUUGGAGGGGGAGAUGUGGCUCUGCAUGGUCCCUGCUGCCCACCGUGGGACAGGGGCAGGAGGUGAUGGGGCAGGGCAUGGCGGGACCUGCCCUUGGCCACAGCCCACAGGGCUCCUGCUCUGGGUGGCUCUGCCUGGUGCCAGGCCAGAGCUUUGACCCCCACCUCCUCCUGCCCCCCCAUGUCACCCUCGUCUGUGUCCUCCGGGGAGUGCUGAUCGUGGUCCAGUGCGUGUGUGUGUGUGUCCCUGUAGCUGAGCUGUGUCUGUCAGGGGGUUUAUAGGCACCAGACCCAAGUGCUGGCUUUGUUCUUCUCUGUGUGGCAGCCCCAAGUGCCCCCCACCCCCAGUCCAUAAGUGAUGGGGAGAUGGAGACCCCCAUGUGCAGCCCCCUUUGGGCAUCCAGCCCUGCAGCCUGCUCCGCUUUACACCGCAGUGACCUGUCCAUGCCCAACUGGUGAAGAUGGUCUGAGCAAGGUGCAGUCAAGCAGCUUCCUGCAGACCUGCCGGGGGGGCCCUGCUGGGAUCCCAGGAGGCAUCCAUGAUCCCAUACAACACUUGGGAGAUGCUUCUCAGCCAGCCCAAGCCUGGCAGCCUCCGACUGUUAUCCCACUACGGCCAGUCCCUGCUACAGAGGGAUUGGGGUGGCCUCCCCAUGGCUGGGGGUUGCUGAAAGGGGCAGAGGGGGGUGACUCUUCCCUGGCCAUCCUGUAUCUGGGUAUCAGAAGGUGUGUGUAAGUAGCUGAGGGGAAAGUAGUGUAAGUAGCUGUCCUCCUGCCGCUCUGCUGAACCAUGCCUAGUGAGUCGGGGUGCUGCAGCUAGCCCAGGGCUAGCCAAAGCCGUGGUGGGUUAUGGUGUGGGCUGGUAAGAAGGUUUAUACUAAGGGAUGUGAGCACAUGGGGGAGAACCUCUCCCUCCACCAUGGAAAUAAAGCUGCACUGUGCUAACCCCA